AUGAGAUCAAUGACGCUGUCUGAGAAGGAGAGAAACGAGUAUUACUAUGGGCUCCCUAGCCAGCCUAAGCUCGUGGCUCGAAGCAACUUCCGUGAUACCUUGUGGGAGCCAAUCAUCAAGGAUCAGCAUCUGCUACCCAAGCGCAUUGCCAACAUCGGUUCUGACCACUCCCUCGUCGGAAACUACACUACGGAGCUGCAGAAUCGCAUCGUGGGCAUUCUCGCCGGGACCAAGUGGACAUCAAUUGACGUCCUCCGCAUUGGCUACGAUGACCAGCAUCAGAAGCCCGUAGUGCUCUGGGUUGCAGUCGAGCCGCGUAGUCUCGACCCUGACCUCGGGCUGCAGCUUGCUGAGCAGUGCCGCGCCGCGCUUUCUGAUGCCAGCAUCCACGAUGUCCAUUGCGAGAUUCGUGAGGCCACUGUGACGACCUUGGCUUCGCACGCGAAUGCUCAGCCUUUCCUACCCCUCAACCAGGGCGCACUCGGUAGUACCCGCUAUCACAGUCUCACCUCCACCCUCGGACAGUCCGUUGCUGCCGCAGACUCGGACAAGAAGGAGGGAUCCCUUGGUCUCUACCUAUCUGUAUGCGACCCCAAGCGCAAGGGCUUCCCUAUCAAGUGCGCUCUGAUCUCCCAUCACGUCGCUUAUGAGAAGGACAAUGAUCUCUGCAAGGAUGACGUUCCCAACUCCAAGCCCAAGGUCCAGAUUCUGAUGCCGGGAAGUAAGAAGUUGGAGGACUAUACCCAUGAAGUCACUCAGACCGUCGAUUUCUGGGCAAAGAAUCCGUUGCUAGAUACCACUGGCGCCUUGAAGAAUGCUCAGCAUCUCCGAGAGUAUCUCGCCACACUCUCUGCCACGUCUGCCCGCUGCAUUGGCCAUGUCAUCUACUCUCCUGCCCGCAUGCCCAAGAAGAUGUCCGACACGGCCACCAACAACGACGGUGAAUGGUUGCCCGACUAUGCCUUGGUCCAGUUGAACGAGCCACGAUUUGGCGACAGCUUUGUUCGCCUUGCUAACCAAGUCUUCCUGGGCGCGUUGGGCCAAGAGCGUCUCCAAGAGCUCAAUCACGGCUUCUUGGGCCAUCACGCCUUCGUGCCACCGGCCGAUGGUGUCUUGCGUCUCAAAGGGACCAUUCCGCGCGGAGAAAUCGCCAGUCCGCAGGAGGAAAACAUCAUCACGGCUGAACAUUCACUCAGACUGGUCUUUUCGCAGCCUGGCGACUCUGGUUCGUGCAUCUGGGAUCUCAAGGGCAGAGUUGGUGGAAUGCUAGAUGGUGGUAGCGGCGGCCAGAAUGGUUCCCACGACAUCACGUAUGCUACGCACAUCGACCAGAUCAUCGGAGACAUCCAGAAGCACUUCACCUCGGUCAUUAUUCUGUCCACUCUCCCUUAUCCGCGUCGGGAGACGGCGCGUUGCGGCGUCUGCGCUGCAACGGCACACCCAGGGGGUGAAAAAGACUGCCCCGAGAAGGCACUUAGCGGCAAAAAACGUUGUGUGAACUGCAAAGGGAAGCACACGGCGUGGGACAGGGACUGCCCUACGGCAGAACAGCAGCGGCUACGCGUACCCGAGGCGUACGCUCACCGCCCCCGACAAUUUGAGGUCCGCAGCUACUCGGACGAGUUAUCUAGUGAAGGCAGGCUCACACCACCUAGCUCAUUGUACGACCCCGGGGCCGCCCCCUAG